ACUGCAAUAAUAAUAAUGUAUAUUACGACAGAUACUAAUUUUUUAUCAAAAAAUUUUCUUAUUCAUACAUUUUACGACGAAAGGACUUGUUUUUGCUGGAAUCAGGAUAAACUUAUAAUAUUUCCAUAUACAAAUAAUGAGCACGUAUCUGUUAAAGUAUUAACAGCUCCAGCUCCAAUAAAAACUAUACAAUGUUUUACUGGUCGAAUUUUUUUAAUUUGCAUUCCACACGGCGUUUACAAACUUUCAAGGGACCGAGAAUUUGCUGUUCUAAGUAAAAGUGCGAUUGGAAUGGGUACUGUUUUUCAUGAAGUAUUAAUACCGAGAAAUGAGUAUCUUUAUUUGGAUAAUAAGCGAGAAAUGACAAAUAAACUGCUAUUUAAGCUUUCUUCCCAAGAAACUAAUUCCAGUCAACUGUAUGUUUAUCCAUUAAAUAUGGAUAGCAUUGUAGAAUAUUUUAUGAAAACUUUAACAAAUAAUGAUUCUACUAUAAAAAAUUUAUGCAUAAUUGCAGAUGGACUAAAACUUUUAAUGCUAAUCAAUGAAAAUGUAAAAAUAAUACAUAGCAGUAUUUAUUCCAUUAGUAAUAUAAUACCUGUACGAAAGAGUUCCAAAAUUGCAGCAUUACUUCUUACUACAAACACAAAUGUUAUUAUUUUAAUGCAUUCAAAAGAUAAUGUGCUUGUUUUUGAAACAAUUUAUAUAAGAACACAGAUACAAGCCAUUUGCGCUGCUUUUAGCCAAUCCCUAGAAGAUAUAUUAUGGAUUGUUUAUUCAUAUGAAUCUAAAUUAUAUUAUAUAAAGAAACAAUUACUAAUUGAUAAUAUUUAUCAAGUAAAAGUCGAAGAUAAAAGCUUUGUUUGUUUACAAUCAUAUGACUCUAAUAUAAUUUUAGGUUUGACAGAAGAUAAUCAAUUAGUAGAGUUUCCUAUAAGUACAGUAGAAAGAACACUGUCAAUGGAAAACGAUACUUUUAUUAAUCUUCACUCCAAUAUGUUAGAUGGUGUGUCACUUAUAAUGGAUAAGAUUUAUAAAAGUACUCAAGAAUUACAAACUUUAAAUGAAAUAUUAACAGCAGAAAAGGAUAAAUUAAGAAGAAUAAAUUUAUAUGCACAUAAAGACAAGAUACAGUUAUGGCCAAAAAUGAUGAUAAAUUACAUAGCAAAUCGGACAUUUUUAACAGCAAAUUUUCACGAGGUCCUGCCAAAAAAUAGUUGGGUCAUCCUUAAUGUAAAAUUGGGAUAUCGAAAUCUGUUUUGUAUGAAGAAAAUAGUAGUACGGGAGACUAUAGUUGAUAUUUAUAUACCUGAAAAUUUAAUGGCAGAUACAUCACAAAUUGCAAUAGAUUUAAUAGCUUUUAGAGAUAAAAGAUAUCCUUGGUGUCUAAUAAGGAAUUAUGUAAUCAGUGAUUAUUUGGAAAGAAGAAAGAAGAAAAAGAGAUUUAAUGUCGAUUUUAUAAAUUCUAAAAUUGCCAUACUUCAAACUUGUAUACGAGAAGGAAACAUUAAUAUGAAAAAAUUAUCUGAAGUUAAGAAAAGUCUAAGAAAAGAAUUUAGUGAUAUAUAAAUUUUAAUAACAUACAAAACGAACGGUUUUUUUUUAAAUUUCAUAUUUAUGUUAUAUUUUUAUAAUAUAAAUUUAUAUAAGAAAUACAAGUUGAAUAUAUAGGAAACCAACAAAAAAAAUCGAAUGCAUUUGAAAACAAAACUGUAUCUUUAUUUUGCGGAUAUAAUAAUAUGUUGAUAAAUAUUUGACUCUUUUUUUGGAUACACAUUUUUAUCGACAUGCUUUUUAUCAAUUCUAUAAUUAUACAAUAUAGAUUAUACAAUGUUGCUAAAACUAUGUGCAAUGUGCAGUUCCCUGCUAUACACCAAUACAGAGCAUUUUGGUUUAGUAUUAAUGUGUAUGCCUUUUUUUGGAUAAUAUUUUGAUUUAUCAAGGAAUAAUAUGCAGAAAGAGAUAACUGAAUAUCUUUUUCUGCAUCAUGAUUUUGGCAAAAUUUUGCUAUUAAUGUGAGCAAUAUACACUUAUUUUUAUUUAUAGGCACACUAUUACAUAAUGUUAAUCAACUAAAAGUCAGUUUACAAAUAUAACGCACAUAAAUAGUUGUUAUUUUUUAAUUUUUCUUUCACAUGCUUCACUAAUAUUUAUAUCUUCACUUAGUAAGAUGCAAUUUCUGUUGUGAAAAUAACAUACAAUUGUUAUGGGUAUAAACUCACAGUUAGUGAUAUCUAUAAUUUCUAUAAAAUACUGUAAAUAUAAAUAAAUUUCAAUAAGUACUUUAAAUUGCUGUUAAUAGAAUGCAUAAUGACUAAAUGGAUUGUAAAAAUAUUGUCUGUAAUAUUCAUCGAAAAUUAAAAAUAAAUUGGGAAUAAAGAACUAAGCAAUAAAGAAAAAAAAAAA